GAUUGAUAAAGCGCCAUUGAAUAUAUCGACUUACGGAUUCCCAAUGCUGGUUAGUUUCCACUCGUUCGCAGCGUCAUGCAAAAGUGCCGAGCUCCAAUUCCGUUUCUUCUCAUAGCUGGGAUCCUUGUGAUCCUGGAAGCAUCCCGCACAGAGGCUGCCGUCCCUCGGCAGCCGGACAGUCGGAUUGUGAACGGACGCGAAGCCACCGAAGGCCAGUUUCCAUACCAACUCUCGCUGCGCCGCCAAACGGUACACAUCUGCGGCGCCUCGAUUCUCUCCAGCAACUGGGCCAUUACGGCCGCUCAUUGCAUCGACGGGCAUGAGCAGCAGCCGCGGGAAUUCACACUCCGCCAGGGCAGCAUCAUGCGUACCUCGGGCGGCACUGUUCAGCCGGUGAAAGCCAUCUACAAGCAUCCGGCCUACGAUCGGGCGGACAUGAACUUCGACGUGGCCCUUCUACGAACAGCGGACGGAGCACUCAGCCUGCCGUUGGGCAAAGUGGCGCCCAUUCGAUUGCCCACCGUUGGCGAGGCCAUCUCGGAAAGCAUGCCCGCCGUCGUCUCCGGCUGGGGACACAUGAGCACCUCCAAUCCCGUCCUGUCGUCGGUACUCAAAAGCACUACGGUACUGACAGUCAACCAAGAGAAGUGCCACAACGAUCUACGCCAUCACGGAGGCGUCACCGAAGCAAUGUUCUGCGCGGCCGCCAGAAACACAGACGCAUGUCAAGGCGACAGUGGAGGUCCGAUCAGCGCACAGGGAACCCUUAUCGGAAUCGUAUCCUGGGGAGUUGGCUGCGCGGAUCCGUACUAUCCAGGAGUUUACACCCGCCUGGCCCAUCCUACUAUACGCCGUUGGAUACGCCUGCUCACAAAGUUGUAGAUUUUCAGCGGAUUAAAUGGAACUUAUAUAUUAAAAGAUUUCUGCAU